AUCUCAAUUUCAAAGCAACAGCUAAUUAUUAACUAUGUAUUAUUUAGAUGACAACAAAGUGAGUAGAAACGGAUAUUUAAAAUAUCUAUUUUUCCUUUCUUAAUUGAAAUUAAACAUGGUAUCAGCGAUCAGCCAGAGAACCGGUUACAAAUCAAGACUCCCUAUUUGUCAGCGCACAACUGGGACAGCACGUCACUUUCAUACAGGGUCAGCGUUAGCCAAUCGGUGUCGUCUUUAUCUGAGCGCGACUCAGGGCGAUUGUGACGGCAGAGGUGCAGUGCACGGAUAGGUAGAUUUAUCUUGAUUGACAGUUUCGCCCAGUGCGCUGUAGUAGAUUCAGAGCGCUGUAGCUUUGGCGCUGUCCACAAGAGAGCAGGUUCUGAAACGCGCCGUGCUCUCGUUCAGUCAUAGCGCGUUAAGGACGGAGACUCGCCGCACACGCACAGCACCUCACCACCGGAGCGUUCACGCUGGAAGAACACCGUUCGGCGGACAUCAUUUGCGUCCCUCUCACGAUGACCAAGACAAAUUACACUACCGUAUCCACCAUUUGAGAGUUUUCGUGGAUUUUUACGCACUUCUCGACCACUGCAAAACUUGAUAAAGACUCUUUUUUUUCCCUUCACGACUUUUCUUGGACAUUUUCUUGGGCAGUUCAAAUGAUUCGCGCAAAGGCUAUUUUGAAUUCCCUAUUUAACUUUGGCAAACAGUUUGAUUCGGGUUUCAUACGAUGCACUUUUUAAUUUCAAACAUCCACGGUCAUAUGUCUAUUGUAUGGGGAGCUUCGUACUGUCGGAGUUAUCGGUGUAUUUUUCGAAAAAAGAAGGUCUAAGGAAAUGUUUUGAGGCAUUACAAGAUCAAGAUGCAAGGAAAUCACAUUCACAUGAAGAUAGGUUGAAAAUAAGUACAUGUUUUGGUUUCUCAGAAACCUAACCAGGAUUUUACAGAUCCCCGACGGUUAACAGCGCUCCAGUGCAAACCUCGGUCACAGUUCACGGGUCACGGUCAGUGAAGCGUGGAUGUCAAGAUAGAUCUGCUUGGAAACAAGACUUUUACAUUUGUAUUUAAAGCUUAAGAACGAUACGUGGACUAAAAGCAAUACAUUUCACCAAGGCUUUUCUUGCAAAAUCGUUUUUGAUGAAUCCUCUUGCCCACUGAUGUCCACCAGAGUGAGUUCACGCUGGAUGUUGGGCCGCAAAAGCAGUUGUGUGACCCUGCAGGGUUAUGCUCUGACCGCCUAUUUCCAUUUUUUCUUGACAUAUUAAUGAUGGAUGAAAUCAGUUAUUGUGCAUGAUCUUUUUUAUAUUUCCCCCCCAAAUUCACACAAACAUAUUUGCAUAUUUACUUUUACUGUCGACCUUAGGUCUUCUUCAGUCUCAAUUGCCUAUUUUUAAGCUAAAGUUUCUUUGGACUUCGAAACAGUUUAUACUGCAGAAACAUCGACGAGCAAAACGGACUGACUACAAACGCACGCCCAAACCUUUAAAAGAACAAAAACAGGACAUUAAACAAUUGUUUGGCGGGUUUUAACGAGAAGGCCUGUUCUACUGACCAAUGGAAAUCCACUGCAAACACGACCCGUUCGCAGCGAUGCACAGGCAUGGAGGGGUGAAUCAGCUGGGUGGGGUGUUUGUUAAUGGGCGGCCCUUGCCUGAUGUGGUGAGGCAGAGGAUAGUGGAGUUGGCCCAUCAGGGCGUGCGCCCAUGUGACAUCUCCCGCCAGCUUCGGGUCAGCCAUGGCUGCGUCAGCAAGAUACUGGGCAGGUAUUAUGAGACAGGCAGCAUCAGACCAGGGGUGAUCGGAGGCUCCAAACCAAAGGUUGCUACACCCAAAGUCGUCGACAAAAUCGCUGAUUACAAACGCCAAAACCCCACCAUGUUUGCCUGGGAGAUCCGAGACAGACUACUGGCAGAGAGAGUGUGUGACAAUGACAGCGUGCCCAGCGUCAGUUCAAUCAACAGGAUCAUUCGCACUAAAGUCCAGCAGCCACCUGGCCAAUCAGCUGUCUCUGCCCAUAACUUAGCCUCUACAGUGGCAGUUACCCAGGUGUCUGCAGUAACCAGUGACGCAGCUGGCUCCUCUUACUCUAUUAGUGGGAUUCUAGGAAUUAGCUCACCUACCGAUGCAAGCAAGCGGAAGAGAGAUGAAGCUUUACAGGAUUCUCCCUUGGCGAAUGGCCACGCUCACUCAGGGCGGGACUUCCUGCGGAAGCAGAUGCGAGGAGAGCUCUUUACACCACAGCAGCUCGAGGUAUUGGACCAUGUCUUUGAUCGACAGCCCUAUCCUGACAUUUACCCCACCCCUGACAUCAUCAGCAACAAGCCUGCCCAGACAUCUGAUUACUCGGCCAUGGCAUCUCUGGCUGGUGGAUUGGAGGAGAUGAAGAACAGCUUGGCUAAUCAUACAGGAGCAGAGUUGGGUUCAACCGUUACAGGACCUCAAUCAUAUCAACUAGUGUCCGGUCGUGACCUGGCAAGCACCACGCUUCCUGGAUACCCCCCUCAUGUCCCUCCAACUGGGCAGGGUAGUUACUCCACACCCUCUCUCACAGGGAUGGUACCUGGAGGAGAUUUCUCUGGAAGUCCUUAUUCCCACCCGCAGUAUUCUACAUACAAUGAGUCUUGGAGAUUUGCUAAUCCCAGUCUACUAGUGUUCCAGCAGGAGUAUGGUUCUUUACUGGGCUCAGAAAGAGCAGCUUCAUCAGGCCUAUUCCCUGGCCAAUCCCCACAACCGACAGGAUCUCCAUACUACUAUAGUGCAGCCACACGGGGAGCAGGAACGGCUGCAACUGCCACUGCCUAUGACCGCCACUGACCAGCCAGACAGAGGAGAUGAGAAAACAAUGAAAGAGUGGGAGAAAUGAAAAGAGAAGAAAGAAUGGAUUGAUAGCACCCAGACAAGACUGCCUACACUUGGAAGAGAAGAAGUAAAGAAGGUGCAGUGAGGAGAAAGGAGAAAGAAAGAGGAGGUGACAAUGUUUUCCUGCCAAUUACAAUCAAUGGUCAAAUCAGUAGCUUCAGCUAAAACGUGUCUAAUUUUCUGUGCAUUAGUGGAACGUUACAACUAUACACCCACACACCUUCAAUUCACCUGUAUUUUCUUCUAUUGGUUUGAUUUAUCUUCUGUCAUUAAAGCUUUGCAUGUCCUAUCGUCUUUGCAUCUCUAUGCAUUCUGUUCUUAUAGAGAUGAUCAGAUGUUGGGAGUUGGUACCAGACAAUCUACUAGUGGCAGCUUGAGG